AUGUUUUGCUGUGGAAGCCCUGAUGUUUCCGACUUCGAGCGCCGCAAGAGAGCCAGGUAUCGCGAUACUGAGCACUCAUCCUCGGACUCCAGCGAUGCCGGGGCCUUCCUCAUCUCCAAUGUCAAGUUUCGUGUUGGCGCCCCGCCCCCGCAACCCCUUCCGGUCUUCAACGGGUGGAGCACCGCCUGCACCUUGGUCCAGGAGGCUCUCGGCACCUCUCUACAAGGCCAGGCUGAGAUCAUUGCCAAAGCCGAAGGCGUUGAGCCUUUGAGUGUCGAGCUCGUUGGGCGUUUCGUUACGGAGUCUGACAGCUGCCGUCCUACCAUUCUGAUCGUGGCAAAGUGGAGCGAGGCGUCGCCCCCAAUCUGGGAAAAGAUUGUGAGAAACACGAAGAAAUUCGUCGACUUGUCGACACGCGACGGAGACCUCGAAGACAUAGUGAUCAGUGUCGAAAUGAUCGCCGAGGAGCUCACUCUCACAAAAAACCCUCUCACGGUCUAUAUCUCGGUAGACUACGAAUCCGAGGAGAGCAAAUGGCCCCCUGUCGUGGGUGAAAUCCAACAGCUUCUCAACGGCUAUGGCCACAACCUCUACCUUGCCAAGAAUGACAAGAACGAGCCGGUCCCCCUCGAUCCGGUCAAAGACUCGGACCUCUGGAAGGUUGAUCUCAAGGGGAUGGGCCCGAAUCUUGCCUCGGAGAAGGCGGAAGUUGAGCACCCGACACGCGCAAAGCAUUGCUUCGCCGUCCAAGUCUUGACAGAGGAGAUCGAGAAGAAUCCCAAUGACCCUGAUACACCCAAAUCCGCCGAGCACUUGAAUAAUAUCAAGGGAUUUUUCGAUAACAAUGAGCAACACCUCGGUAGCAUCUACUGCGCAUCGGGGUACACUCACAGAACAGCGAAUGACGGGCGUCUGGACUGGGCCCUGAUCAAGCCUACCGGCGCCGGUGUCGCUCGAAUCGGGAAGAAUCCCCUUCCUACCCGUGCAGACUGGCACAAGAAAUGGUAUAUUACAAGCAAGCCAAGGGCCAGGGGAGUUCUCAAGCAGCCACCGAACCGCAGCCUUCGAUCUAUCCCGAAUGGGGACCCGAUCUUCAAGCUUGGCACUACCACGGGCGCCACAGGGGGCGUAUUUUCAUGGCUCAAGCCCAAAGUGAACUUCGCAGAGGACGCGCACGUCCAAGCCUAUAUGGAUGCUCGGCAUCGGCCAUAUCUUUCCAAUGAGUUCCUGUACAUCGGUUACCCGAACCCAGCCGAGCAUUGGCUUGCCAAAAAGGGUGACUCGGGGUCCGUGGUAUUUGACACCGACGGAAGAGCAGUUGGGCUGUUGUCUAGAGGACACAUGGCUCAGCAGGCGGCGAGCUCGCCUCCAUAUAUCACCCCCCCCCAUCGAGGAUGUCUUUGA